CCUACCUCUGAGCCGUUCAGAACUGGAAGUCCUCUCUCCUCACCAUUCUUCCCCACUCCGCUGAGGCCACUCUGCUUCCUUGACCUUCCUUCACCCACCUGCGACAUGCCCCUUACUUUGUCGCCGCCACUCAAUUCCGUCACCCUCUGCUCACCUUCGUCUUCCUCUCCUUCUCGCACCCAGAAUUCCUCGCGCAAUUGCAAGCUGACCCAUCCAUGGGUUCGCACGACCGUCGGCCCGAGGGGACCGGGAGGCCGCGUGUACUGCUUGUCGGCGAGGCCCAAGAGAAAAGCGAGCGCAACCGGAGGAGAGGACGACUGGGGGGCAGAGGAUCUGGUGAGGGUUUUGAUGAGGAAGUUCGGCGGCAGGGAGCCCCUGGUGAAGACGCUGGAUAAGUACGUGAGGGUGGUGAGGACUGAGCACUGCUUCCUCCUCUUUGAAGAGCUUGGCAGGACCGACAAAUGGACCCAGUGCCUCGAGGUGUUCAGGUGGAUGCAGAAGCAGCGCUGGUAUGUAGCCGACAAUGGUGUAUAUUCAAAGCUUAUUUCAGUCAUGGGUAAGAAAGGGCAAACUCGAAUGGCCAUGUGGCUGUUCUCAGAGAUGCGAAACAGUGGGUGCCGGCCCGACACUUCCGUUUACAAUGCACUCAUUACUGCCCACCUUCACUCUAGUGAUAAAGCAAAGGCUUUGGCCAAAGCUCUUGGUUAUUUUGGCAAGAUGAAGGGAAUGGAACGCUGUAAGCCCAAUGUCGUGACUUAUAACAUCCUUCUGAGAGCUUUUGCCCAAGCUCGAAAUGUGGAACAAGUCGAUGCUUUGUUCAAGGAACUCCAUAACAGCAUUGUCUCGCCUGACAAAUAUACUUUCAAUGGCGUGAUGGAUGCCUAUGGAAAAAACGGGAUGAUCCGAGAAAUGGAGUCUGUGCUUUCUCGUAUGAAAAGCAAUCAAUGUAAGCCAGACAUUAUCACAUUCAAUUUGCUGAUUGAUUCUUAUGGGAAGAGGCAGGAAUUUGAGAAGAUGGAACAAGUCUUCAAGAGCUUACUGCGCUCUAAGGAGAAACCGACAUUGCCUACGUUUAACUCAAUGAUCAUAAACUAUGGGAAGGCAAGACUUAAGGACAAAGCAGAACAUGUCUUUAAAAGGAUGCGUGAUAUGAAAUACACACCAAACCACAUCACAUAUGAGAGUCUGAUCGUGAUGUAUGGGUUCUGCAAUUGUGUUUCUAAAGCUCAGGAUAUAUUUGAUGAGUUGAUUAAUUCUGGGAAGGACAUAAAAAUAUCAACCUUAAAAGCGAUGCUUGAUGUUUAUUGCAUGAAUGGUUUACCAAUCGAAGCGGACAAGCUUUUUGAGACAGCAAGAAUUGCUGGGGUCAAACCUGAUUCAUCAACAUAUAAACUUCUGUACAGGGCAUAUACUAAGUCUCAGAAAAAAGAGCUUGUUGACAAGCUGCUGGAGUAUAUGGACAGAGAUGGCAUCGUCCCCAACAAAAGAUUCUUCCUUGAUGCACUGGGUACUUUUGGGUCUCUUCCUGCUUCUCCAGAAUCUAACAGUGCAACAAGUUCAAGCAGACCAGAAGCAACUGUUAGGGCUUGAGUAGAUUUAGCUCGUGAAUUUGGUUAUGUGGGUUAACUCUCUCCAUUCAAAUGGAGCCCUCCAAGAAAGACACAUAAUACAAGAACAGAGCAACAAUUCUUCAACUAGUCCACUGAGACGUGACUUGCCCUUUUGGUAUUGAAUGUUGCUCGGCGACAACUCACGGUGCUGCUCGGACCUCCAUCGACGAAGUAACCUUUUUUUCCAAUGGGUUCAAUGGUACAAAAGCUAUUUCGGAUGUUAUCUGGUCUGACUGGACUUGGGAGGAUCUAGCGGCUGCUUUUCUUCAACUGUAUGUAUCAUUUGUUUGCAAAAUCCUGGUAAAAUUCCCUUGGAGAAGGUAAAUCCAAGAGAAUUUCAUGCUUCCAUUUUCUAUCCAUUAGUACUGGGAUAAUAUUAAGAAAUCCAUAGGAUAAUCCAUGUUGUGCUUUAUGUUCUUAUGUUUGAUUAUAAGCUAACGCCUUGUCGAUUUCUUGUUCUUGUAUAUUCCUGAUGUACUUUCGAGAGAAGUGACUAAUCAAAUGGAAUGGAUGGGUACGGAAGUUUUAUGUUAAA